AUGGCGGCCUUAUCAGCAGAGGGGGUAAGGAGAGUCUGUCAGCUUCAGAGGGAAGAAGGACGCCAGUGCCUGAGAGUGCUCCUGCAAUGGGAGGAGUUUGAUGACGUGAGGGACAGCAUAGAGCUCGACAGUCUUUACAGCAGCAUUGUGUUCGCCGUGGAGAAAGGGCUUUCCUGGCCUGCAGUCGUGGAAGUGGGAAAGCUUGCGGAAGAGCUGCUGAAUGAAACCAAAGGUUUACCUGUUUCUCAGGCCAUCUGUCUCCUAAAGGAUAAACUUGUAGCGUGUGAACCAAAGCUGAGCCCUUUCAAACCGUAUGUCUUGUUUGAAUACUUCCAUAACACGCUCAUCUGGCACUAUCAGCUGUAUCGGCUGUGUCGGGAGAGAGACGUUGAACAGAUGUCUGCCCACCUAGAAAUCUGUGUGCCACCACAGCCUCUGCCACUGAUGGCAGGAGUUGAUGCUGAAGUCUGGCACUAUCAGCAGCAGCUGGCUGCCCUCUCAGCCGCUAAGGUCCAAAAACGUACCAACAUGCUGCUCCUCCGAGAGAUGCUACAUUUGGAGAGGGAGCAUAUGUUGCAAAGAAUGUAUGAUGAUCUGAAAUCGUGAGCAGAGAUCCUAGACAGACAGGUAACACUGUAG